AUGAAACCAUUCCUUAUGUGCCUUCUCCUCACUUCUUCAUUAUUAGAACUUUCAUUGGCUGGUUCUGAUUUUUGUGACACAAAGUGUGGAGAAAGGUGCUCGAAAGCUUCGGUGCAGGAUCGAUGCCUGAAGUAUUGUGGGAUCUGUUGUGAAAAAUGUAAUUGUGUUCCAUCUGGGACUUAUGGUAACAAAGACGAGUGUCCUUGUUACAGAGACAUGAAGAACUCAAAGGGACAAGGAAAAUGCCCUUAA